UCAGCUCCACUCGAUGGCUCGAAUAAAACCGGCUGCACUAGAUUAACACUACACGCAUUAAGGAAAACCGAAAACGCAUUAUCAAUUUUUAUCCAGAAAUGCCCCCUCGAAACUUCCUAUGGAAUGUAGCUAAUAAGUAUUUCGCCGCCGGUCUAAUCGGCCUCACGAUUUCCGAUCGAUACGCAAGCUUCAUGGCGGUUCGCGGCUCAUCAAUGUCUCCCACUCUGAAUCCUCACGGCGGAGCCGCCGCCGGAUUCGUGUUCGAUGACUAUGUAUUGGUUGAGAAAUUAUGCCUUGCCAAGUACAAGUUCGCGCGGGGAGACGUCGUCGUUUUCCGUUCCCCGAUUAAUUAUAAGGAGAAAAAUGUGAAGAGAAUUGCUGCCUUGCCCGGUGACUGGAUCUAUCUCUCGUCACAGGACACUUUGAAGGUUCCAGAAGGGCAUUGUUGGGUUUUGGGAGACAACGAAGCUUCUAGCAUGGACUCAAGGUCACUUGGUCCGAAGUCGAUGAUGAGCCACCUCAAAUUGAUUCCUAUUGGCCUGAUAUGCGGACAAGCCACCCAUGUUGUGUGGCCGCCUCAAAGGAUUGGUGGGGUGAAUAGUAAAAUUCAGCAUAUUGCCUGAAAUGCAAGUACAUUAAAUUCUAAAUGCUGCAGUUGGGCAACUAUGGCUUACCUUAUUGAAAUUUUACAUCUUUUAUCAGUUGGUUUAUUUGUUGUUAUUCAUGGCCGCCGAAAAAAAUCCCCUCAAUAUAAAAGGCAAAGGAUUAUCGAUGGUUGAUUCUAAUUAGUAUGUGUUCCCUAACUCUGAGUUCGAGUGUUAUAGUGUUUAUAGAUGUAAAUUGCCAAAAUCUAUGUAUUCCUGAAAUAUUAAUAUAAAUUAUUGCAGGU